AUGUCUAAAGGAAAAGUUUGUUUGGCCUACUCCGGUGGUUUGGAUACCUCCGUGAUUCUCGCCUGGUUGCUUGAACAAGGUUACGAGGUUGUUGCCUUCUUGGCCAACAUUGGUCAAGAGGAAGACUUUGAAGAAGCUGAAAAGAAGGCUUUGGCCAUUGGUGCUUCCAAGUUUGUUGUUGCCGAUGUCAGAAAGCAGUUUGUUGAGCAGGUCUGUUUCCCAGCCAUCCAGGCCAACGCCGUUUACGAGAACGUCUACCUUUUGGGUACUUCUUUGGCCAGACCAGUGAUUGCCCAGGCACAGAUCGAUGUUGCUGAGCAGGAAGGCUGUUUUGCUGUUUCCCACGGCUGCACUGGUAAAGGUAACGACCAGGUUCGUUUCGAAUUGUCUUUCUACGCCUUGAAGCCAGAUGUCGUUGUCAUUGCCCCAUGGAGAGACCCAGAGUUCUUCAACAGAUUUGCCGGCAGAAACGACUUGUUGGAAUACGCUGCUUCUAAGAACAUUCCAGUUGCCCAGACCAAGGCCAAGCCAUGGUCCACUGACGAGAACUUGGCUCACAUUUCCUUCGAAGCCGGUAUUUUGGAGGACCCCAACACCACCCCACCAAAGGAUAUGUGGAAGUUGACUGUGGACCCAACGGACGCUCCAGAGACCCCAGAGGACUUUGACGUUGUUUUCGAAAAGGGUUUGCCUGUCAAGUUGGUCUUGGACGGCGGCAAGAAGGUUAUCACUGACCCAGUCGAGUUGUUCCUCGAGGCCAACUCUUUGGCCAGAAGAAACGGUGUGGGCAGAAUCGACAUUGUCGAGAACAGAUUCAUUGGUAUCAAGUCCAGAGGCUGUUACGAAACUCCAGGUUUGACCAUUUUGAGAUCUACCCAUAUUGACUUGGAGGGUUUGACUUUGGACAGAGAAGUCAGAGCUUUGAGAGACCAGUUUGUUACCAUCUCCUACGCCAAGUUGUUGUACAACGGUAUGUACUUCACCCCAGAGUGUGAGUACGUCAGAUCCAUGAUUCCACCUUCCCAGAAGACCGUUAACGGUACCGUCAGAGCCAGAGCUUACAAGGGUUCUUUGACGAUCUUGGGUAGAUACUCUGACACUGAGAAGUUGUACGACGAGACUGAGUCUUCCAUGGACGAGUUGACCGGUUUCUCUCCAGAGGACACUUCUGGAUUCAUUGCUGUGCAAUCCAUCAGAAUCAAGAAGUACGGUGAGGCUGCCCGUGAGAAGGGCCAGAAGUUGGAUUUGUAA